GGCGAGGGUUUUGAAGCUCCCCUACACUCACGAAAGUCCCUAACUUUGUAUUUCGGCACAGUUUUGUGUCCUCUUUCGAUUGCGGGGAGGAAAAGGGCGAUAAUCCACGCACAGUAAGCGGCAGUUAAAACGUUGUUUAAGAAAUGGAUGUGGAUAUUGUCAAAGAAGAACCAAAUGACGGAGAAACAUUCACCAACGCCAUCAAUCAAGGAUCUGAUGACAAUAUUUCGCAGGAAAUGAGUUUUGACAUUGCCAAAACGGAACUGAAGUCUGAAGGCCAAUAUGAUCUAGCUUUGGCUGGAGAAGCAAAUGAGUGUGAAAAGACACUACCCCUACAUUCAUUAGAAAUGAGUCUGGACGCUGUGAAAGAGGAACCCAAGAUCUGGGUACCUUCUGCAAAGGCCGACGCACCCGAUGAUGAGGAAAAGAAGAUUGAAUCUCAGAUGCUUCCACCAUCAAUAGAGUUUGACAGGAUAAUCUACUUGAUGAUUCUUCUAGAGGACUAUGAAAGAGUGGCAUCAGCGGGGAUAUCCUGGCUCAGGAACGCUCCAACUUCAAUCCUACCAAUUGUUUUCUGUCCAAGGUGUGGAAUCUGGUUUAAGGGCUUUAACCGCAUGCAUGAACUUAUUAAGCAUGUUCAGUCAAAGCAUUCCUCUACUGCUAUCCAACUUAUGAUCAAAUCUAUGGACCUGUAUGGCAAGUUAAUCAGUCAUAUGAAAAGAGUUCUCCAGAGUGAAAUAGAAGUGUUGGUCGGCAGGCACUUAUGAACCAGUGUAGUACAGAAUACCUUCAUUUGAAAAA